UGGGCAGAGUUCGUCAAGCGACAUCUUUCUGGCUGUUUCGUCGUAUUCACGGUAACGGUGGUGACAUGGGGCUAAUCCGAGGAUGCGGGAGGACCUCCGAGUCGAAGAUGACUCGGGAUGACACAAAGAACUCACCAGAAGCAUUUCCACCAAGAGACUCCUUGAGGCGAAGGGGGCUCAGAUUCGAUUUCACGCCGCGUACCGUGACACUCAUACAGUCUAGGUGCCACAUGCGAUGAAUCAUGGCAACACGACAGCAAUCAGACAGCGCAAGUCGAAUUCAAACUGAUAAUUAUCGCAAUAAGUACCUUUCAGCGGCCGAACACGCAAAUGAACCAUCAUGUCCUCCUUCCCUGCAACCCACAAUUGCUCAAUCACCCCCUCCUCCCCAGGCGACCUCGAUUCUCAUAUCGUUUCCAUCCCAACUCGAUCGCGUGAUUCCAGAACAACGCACCGCACGACUACCAGCGCCAGCCAUCCCAUCGGCACAGCACAAACAACGACGCACAUUCGCUCACCUUGAUCGUCGCGAGCACGAACCGGCGCCGAUAACAUACGUGCGGAAUGUCCAUAUGUGUGAACGUCAAUACAUGCGAGUGGCCCUAGAUCUCCGGCACGCGUAGCGGGUCUGCCCUCCCUGAUCCAGCGCUCUGGCUGGAUCCCCUCGCAUCAAGGUCUUCGUAGCGCGCGGGAUGGAUGUCCACAUGAAAUGGACCGGGACGGUGACAAUCUGGCCUGUGAAAAUGGAGUCGAUGUCGAUG